CGCACCCCUUGUGUAACUUCUGUAAUUGACGUGUGACUUUACCAAUUGCAAAUCAGAUUAGAAUUUGUUUGGACGCAGCUAUCCAAUCGACGUUCAUCUUCCGCCCCUCCUCACUGGCGUUACGAGUGUUGGGUGACUGCAUUUGCUCCGGCUUGUAGACAACCAAGUUAGUCAGUUUUGGCACAUUUCUUCUCUUAAUAUAAAGAUAUAACUAACCAAAGAUAAUGAACAGCUUAAUUAGAUCUACUGCUUGGUGUCUGCGAUCUGGGCCAGUGGGUUGUCUGGCCAGACAAGCAGGCGGACGCGUGUGGUUGGCCUCGGCCCGGCUCCUGUGCGCGGCGGCAGACCUCCAAAAAGACCUUGGUGAAAUCGUGAAGAAGGACAAAGUAGUGGUGUUUAUGAAAGGGACGCCGGCACAGCCCAUGUGCGGCUUCAGUAACGCCGUGGUUCAGAUCCUCAGGAUGCACGGGGUGGACGACUAUGCUGCGUACAACGUGUUGGAGGACCAGGACCUCAGACAAGGAGUCAAGGUCUUCUCCAACUGGCCCACGAUCCCUCAGGUGUACUUCAAUGGCGAGUUUGUGGGAGGAUGCGACAUCCUGCUCCAGAUGCACCAGAAUGGAGAUCUGGUGGAGGAGUUAAAGAAACUGGGUAUCCAUUCUGCACUGCAGGACACUGAGAAAGAAUCCAAGUAGAGGACAAGUAUAAACUUCAAACAGCUGACAAAACAGAAGACACAUUUAUCAGGUUGAAUCCCCCACUCAGAUGAUUACAUAUGAAUCAACUUUUUAAGCAGCCACAGGCAAAAUUAACUCAGAUUGCAGAUAAAAGUGACAAGUGUAAGCAAUUUUGGUGGCAGAACUGUAUCUUCAGUCAUUAACAUUUACACUUUACAGCGUUCCAUACCCAUAAAUAGUUAGGGGUGUGAUACAGAGUUUCUAUUGCACUGCUUAUACUCUGUUCAGGGCCUUUAAGUUUGCACAGAUUAUGUACCUGACAGGGCAGGACUUAAAUCUUGGAAGAAAAAAGAGUGGACAAUGUCUUCACAGGGAUCCAAAAUCGGUUUUACCUACAGUAAAUCUGCACCACAUUUCUCACCUUUUUUUUUUUUUAAAGCUGCAAUAACAUCUUAACACCUCUAGAUGAUAUGGCAAACUAAUGAGCAUCAUAAGCAUUCUUUUUGAGCUCUGUUUCAGGCCACAUGAUGAAUGUAAGUACAAUAUUCAUUCUUUUUCUAGCUCUGUUGUGGUCUCCACUAGAUCCUGAGAAAAACAUCUGGCUCUUUAGCUGCUAAAUGCCCCACUAAGUUCAACAGCUAGUUGCUAACUUUGUUGGGAUGGUGUUUGGUGCUGGGCAAGUAAUUGUAAUACAGUGGGUAUUAAUAGCCUUUUCACUGAAAACUGCUCUCUGCUGGCCACAAUUGUUGCUAUGAGAGCUGUUAGCGUGAACCAAAACAGUAAAGUUGCCGGCCAGAAAACCAAAACAAUGAAUUCAAACAUACUAUAAAGUUCCUUAGAGCUGAAGGGAACUGCAGAGUCAGCUUUCUCUGUGGCUUCUACAUUCUACAUAUAAUGAGCAACCCCUUUCACAUUACGCAGACUUUUGAUUCAUUGUUAUUAUAAAAAUAUUGAUUAUAGCAACUUUAAUAUUUCCUUAUCACUUAACAUAGAGAGGAAAAAUUUAGAUUUUUGCCCUCUAGUUGCUAUCUUAUUUCCAUUCACAAAAUUCUCAUUUUUAUCCUAAAAGAUGUUAUAAAUAACAAAAUAUUAAAAAUCCAAAUCACCAUAGUUGUUGGAAUUAAAGGCAUUUUGGGAUAAAUACAGCAAUGAUUGUCCAACUGUAACCCCACUGUUGGAGAAACCAUUUCACAUCGAGGACUUCUACUGCCUAAGAGAGAGUGUCAGGUUCCCUACCCAUGCUUUAAUGCGUUUAAACAAGAACGUUAGUAACCUCCAUCAUCCUGCCCUUUAAAAUCCCUGCUACCCCUAUUGUCCACCCAUUUUCUCAAGCCACAGUCAGGUCAAGACCAAAGGACCCUCAGGGUGCACAAAGACUAAAUAAAGAUCUUAAAGCACUGCUUGGGCCACACCAGGAAAAGAUGUCAUCACAACAGAAACCUUUGAAAUGCACUGCCUGUACAUACAGUAUACUAAAAGGGCGAACAAAGAGGGGACAAUACUGUUAUUUCCAGAUGUUCCUAUGGGUUCAUAAUAAUAUAAAGAUAAUUUUAAUGUAAACGCUGUCCAAUUACACCAGAUAUUAAUUUGCUAUUUUAGUGAAGGUAACUACAGACAUGGAAGCACCUCACUGACCUUAUUACACACAUCCACUGUCAAAAUAGCUUUGAUGGAACCAGCUACAUUAUCCCCUAUUUGUUUGUCCUGCCAGGAACCGCAUACAAAAUAAUUCCCGUUUUAAUGUCUACACCCGCUGAAACGCAACAAACAUAACAUGACACCUUUUCUCUUUUUCAUGAAGAUGACUGAUUUACAGCACGUAUGGACACAUAGGAACAGUUAUAUUUAAAGUUUGUUGAAUAUGUUCAAGUCUGGUAUCUGUCACUGAAGGAAAAGGACUUUUUUUUUUUUUUUUUUUUUUUUGCAGGGGUGUAGAGUGUUUUUGUUUUGAGAUUUCUUAUGAGCCUAAAAACACCAGAUCUUUAUCAGUGCUACAGUAGAUGUUCCUCCGGGUGCACACAGUUGUAUUAAAGCAAUGGUCAUGUAGUACACUGUAAGAUAUUGUACAUUGAAAGCUUAUUAUUAAAUGUAUUUUAGCUAGUUGUAUACCCUGCACCCAUUAAAUAUUUUGUUUCACAAA